AUGAAGGUGUUUACAGUCGGAAUGGAUCAGAAGCCGCCGAUUGAGAAGGCGCCCGAGACCCCACCGCCCAGCUACCAUCUCCCCACCGCCAUCCCCAUGGGCCCCGAAAUCCCACAGCCCAUCAUUGUGCGCAAGUCGCGCGGCUACAAGGGCAUCCUGCUGGUGAUGCUGGGCGUCUUCCUGAUGGCAGUGUUCGCCUUGGUGCUGAAUGAAAUGGCUUACAACAGACAGAGAGACGAGAACUUCUUCAGACUGCAAUGGGCGCAGAUGAGACACAGAUUCGGCUAUCCACCAAGGGAGUUUGGCGAGAGGAUUAUUCCUGAAGUCCAUGGCCCCGAAAUGCAACGGGCAGAGAUGUUGCAACAGAAAACCGAAACCACAACUCCGUCAGUUCGCGAAGACAAAUUCCUAGUCGAUAACGAGCUGAACAAUUCGGAAGAGAAGCACGAAAACGAAGGAGAUGCCAGACUCCAAUUCUUGAAGCGAAUCCUCCAGAAAAUCAAGCAGAAUGCCGAAGAGAUGGGUCUUCAAGGCACCAUGCAAGUCUCGGUUGUUGAAGUGGAGCCUCAGCAACUCCCCGAGUUCAUCAAGAGUCUUCGCGGACAGCCGCAAGAGCGUCAUUUUGGCCCAUCGGAAGACCCACGUUCGGACGCGUUCUUGGACAGCUUCGGCGAGUUCCACGCCCCCAACCCGUUCAACGGUCAGCCCAUGGAGAGCCGCGACCAUCAGCAGCCGCGCGGCCGAAUCUUCGGCCCUUGGACUCCGGACGAGGAACCGAUUUUCCGUCCCGAACCCGAGAUGAUGCGUCCCCCACCAAUCCCCGACUGGGCGCUUCAACGUCCGGAGAUGGAGAUCCCCGAAUUCAACCACGAAUUCCCCAAGUCCGGCGAAAUUAAUCCUCAGGAAGUGAUGGGAGAGAUGUAUGGGCGUCGUUUCGGCCGCAUCCUUCAGGAUUUGAUUGCUGCUCGUCUUCAAAGCCGUUUCAUGCAACAACCUCCACCUGAGGUCAUGAACCCUUUGAUGAGCCGUCCCUCUUUCCCCAUUGAACAACAGCCUCAGGCCGCGUGGUGGGGAAUGGAACAACCGCAUCAGCCCCAGCCCCAAGUCGAGGCUAUGCCCCCACAGAUGCCUCAGAUGCCUCAGCAAGCGUGGCCACAGCCCCCUCAAUUCCAACAGUUCCCUGUUCCUCAGGAGAACCAGGUCCAACAACAGGCUCAGCAAGCCCAGCAGGUUCUCCACAUCCAACCUGAACAGCCAGCUCAGCCUCCACAAGGACGCCAGGUUCAACAGGACUCCGCCGAAGGCCAGCCUCCAGCCAUUCAGCCCCCAAGAGUUGAGGCCCAACAACAGGCUCAGCCACAGUUCCGGGGAUUCCCCCAGCCAACACAACAAUUCCCAGUAAGCCCUGUUACCAUGAACUAGUUUUUUAUUCCAUAUUGUCAUCACACCAACAUUUUUUGCAUUUAAAAAUCGCUUCGUUUUCAGGUCUUCUUCCCAACCGAAGAAAGACAAGCACAAUGGCCUCAGCAGCCUGAACAACCUCAGCCCCCACAAAACCAGCCUCAGCCAACCUUCAACCAGGCCGCUCCAGCUGGAUGGACCCAUCAGGCCGCUGAUUCCGAAGUGAGUCAAAUUUAAUUUACUAAUCCAAUUAACACACGCUUUCUGUUUGUUUAUUAUUUCAAUAACAACUCACAAAUCAACACAUUAAACAUCACAUUAGUGGGUGUACGUUAUAUAAUGAGACACUUGGGUGACGGUAGAGGGAACAGGAGGGGAUGGAAUUUGUAAGACCGGUCAGACACAGGGACUCUAUUUUAAAAGGUUUAUCAAGCCUCUGUCGGAUACUAAGAGCCUUGUAAUUAUGGUAUAUUUGGUUAACUCACUUAUGAAUUGGAACAAACUUUUAAUGAGCGAAAAUAAUAACAAAUUCACCGGCUAUUCGCUCAUUAUUGGGCUCAGAUUGAAGUCAUAACACUAACACCACGACUUCAACACCUUGCACAUCGAAUAGAUUAACUGUAAACACGUCCACGAUCACUCACCAACAAAAUAACGAAUAUAUUUCGUAAAUAUUCAGCCCCAUCCAUCGCUCUCAACGGUAGUGGAUGGAGAAGUUGAGAAGAAGCACGAGGAAGUUCCAGAAGCCAGUCCAGAGCUCAUUGUCCUUCACAAGGCCGCUCCAGUAGAUGCCCAGCCUCUUCAUGAGGACUCCGCAUCAUCCCAACUCUCCGACUUGCCUUUCAAAGAGCUUCAAGGAGAAUUGGCAGCCGCUGCCGCUGCCCUCGCCCAACAACAUGAAGCCAUGUUGGAGCAGCAACGAGAGGAAGAGGCUCAAGCUUUCUUGCAGGCCAAGGAAGAAUCCGCCGAAAUCCCAAAAGAAACGAAGACUGAGGAGAAGGAAAAGAAGGUCGACGAGCAACAUCCAGUCGAUCCUUCGCUGAUUCAGUCGGAGCAGCAAAAUGAGGACCAUCAGGCGAAUAACGAACAGGUGCGGAUAUUUAGGAUAUAGGAGAGGAGGUUGUAAAGCUUCAUGUUUCGAUAGAGGGGACCAUAGAAUGAGCUUAAGUACAUAUUGUUACCUGAUUGUGCUAGGAGACUCUAGAUACUUUGUUAAGGUAUUCAUUGGAUUGCCUAGCCUAUGGGUUACUUUGAAAAUGAAUUGUAAGCUACUAGAAGCCUCAAUGAACCAUAAGCUUUGUUCUUGAGGCACUGUGACCUUCAGCCUUGCAAGGCUUUGCUUCUUUUGUGGCCUGGGAGAAGCUUGCCCUAAAAUUUCAGCAUUUGACCUCCUUCUCAGCUUCUUACGCCCUUAAAAACUUUUAUUUAACCCCUCGUAUUUCCAGGUCGACUUCCCAGCCGUUCGUUUCCCUCAGGCCGACCAAUCAGCCCCAACUGAGCGUCAGCACGCCGACGCCGAGCCCCACAUCUUCUUCCAAGUCGACGAACCUCAACCCAACUUCGGUGCCGGACACGUUUAA